AUGAAGUUCCUAGUUUUAAGUUCCGUCUUAACUUUGGCUAUAGCCCAAUUUCCCAGCACAAUAAAACCCUGGACGGGUCCAAUUGCGGAUCACCAAUUAGGUCAUUUACCGGCCGAUACUCCGGAAGUGGCUAUUGCCAAACAACAACACUUGAAAGCUUUUAGCGAUGUUUUGGCUGUACUGCCGGAACUUCCUCCUGAAGAAAGAUACAGGAUGACCGGCCUGCCCCUACCUGUCAUAUUGCAGCUAAUGCAACAAGCCCGUGAACAACUGCACAUUCCAGUUCAUCAUCAGCCAACGCUCUUGCAUCCCGCCGUAGAACCACACCUCCAACCAGUUCACCAUAGGUUAGAUCAGGUAGAGCAUCAGCCAUUGCGCACAACAUUUACCCAAUUCGCAGAAGAAAUACCAAGGAGCCCUAUCGGUGAAGUUCCGGAAGUUCAUGCAGCGCGAUUGGCUCACUUGAAAGCCUACCAAGAAGUGCAAUCCGCACUACUGUAA